AUGAUAGAUAGAUUGUUUUGUCAGGUUCUGCCAGUUGGAAGGGAAUUGUUAGCAUCUCUUGCGACUUUCAAGAAAUUAACUUCCUGCAGUCAGGGUAGAAGUGCUCUUGCUUCCCUCUUUUCACAAAUGCGAUCUUUUACCCUUGAGCAAACAGAACGAGAUGAGAGAUAUGGUGAUAGUACCACUUCAAAUGAGUACGAAUGGAGGUCGCCUCCCCCCUUCUUAAAUUGCUUCAAGAAGCUUUUGAGAUCCCUGGAGUUGAAGGACUGUACUCUGACAAUUGUAGUUGAAAUAGCUCAUGCAUUGUCUUUGAGUGCUCUCUCUCUUUCCAGGGAUAGUGAUGCUUUGGAGGGAAUCUUGAUAUCGAAGUGCCUUUUUGGGCUGCUGAAUGAUGUGGAUGGUGCCGCAAUUUCUUCUGAUAAAAACUCAAAUGAUGUGCUUAAUUUGAUACAAAAAUUAGAGCAGAGGAUUAGCGAGGAUGAGAAUUUAACUACUACAAUCGGGAAGACCGGUUUGCAUCAGGUUAAGGAGUCUUUAGAUUCCUUGUUGUUUCUGCUGCAGAGCCCUACUGGUUCAUCAUCCAUGUCAGAAGGCAUUGUUCUAAGUGAAGACAAUGAAGAUGCAUUAUCCCUUUCAAAUGUUUGGAAGUUGAAAGAAGAUGAAAAAGCUGGCAAUCAAUACUUGCUCGAAGGAAUUGCUGAAAAGUUUGUGCGGGAGUGUCCUGAUUCUUCUCUUGACAGACGAUUGGUGCCAGCUUUAUCUGCAAGGAGGAAGCUGGCAACAGUAGAGGGCUCUGGUAGACGCACACGGGACGAUACCGGGUCUGAAGCUAUUGGAUCAAAUGUGCUUUCUCGAGGGUUGGGUGUAACCAAUGUUGCGUGGGACAUCUACGAGUGGAAGGCCUCCAUCAAUUCAUGUGGAUGAGUUUAUGGCCAGGCAAAGGGAGCGCCAAAAUCCCAUGGCUGUUGCAGUUGGAGAUGCAUCACAAAUUAAGAAUUCAGCCCUUGGAAAUGAGAAUGUUCCUGUUAAGUUGGAUAAACCUCAGCAGUUAAAGACUGAUCUUGAUGACGAUCAAGAGAUAGAUAUUGUCUUUGAUGAGGAAUCAGAAUCUGAUGAGAGACUGCCAUUCCCUCAACCUGACAAUAGUUUGCAGACUCCUCUCAUCACUGGGGAAAGUUCUCCAGGUUCAAUAGUUGAGGAGACUGAAGGAGAUGUGAAUGAAAAUUCUCGAUUUUCUCAAUUAGGUGCGCCACCAGCAUCUGAAGAUGGAGGUUCCCACUCAGAUAUUCCUUUGAGAGGGUCUAUUUCUCAGUCUGAAAUAUCAGCGGCUCAACAAUUUUCUUCAGAGAAAAACAUGAGAUUGACAGCAGCAGAUAAGCCAUCCUUCCGUGAGCAAUCUGAAGAGUCAAAAUAUGUUUCUCCUAUAGCAGGAUCAAAGGGUUUUGAUGCACAGCCCUCAGCAAAUCUUACUGGUUUUCCUUCACACUUCGUUGGUGUUUCUUCAUCUGUUCCACCGAUGCCCCCAUCUACGCUUUAUCAUAGGAACAGCCCACAGAAAACAGCUGAUGGUUGUUUAACUGUUGGAUCUCAAGGGUAUGGCGAACAGAAGCUUCCCAACAGCCAACCACCUUUGCCUCCAAUGCCCCCUUCAGCUAUCUCU